CGCCGGCUCCAGACGCAGCGCGGCGGCUCCGCUGGAAGAGCUGGCACGGGGGGAAAAGGAGGAAAAGCCCAGGAGAAGCCGCAAACCGCCAGCGCAGAGCCGCGGUCAUGGGCAGCCACCCCGCCGUGCUGCUGGCGCUCGCCCUCUGCGCCCUGCUGGAAGCCGGUCUGGGCCAUCCCCCGGGCGAGUCGCACCUGGCCGCGCGGCCGAGGAGCAAGCGAUGUUCCUGCAACAGCUGGCUGGAUAAGGAAUGCAUCUACUUCUGUCACCUGGACAUCAUCUGGGUCAACACACCUGGGCACACCGCUCCCUACGGCUUGGGCAGCCCGCCAAGGCGGCGCAAGAGGUCCGCGGGCAGGUGUGAGUGCUCGCACUCCAGGGACAGCAUCUGUGCCACCUUCUGCCACGGCAGGCUUGGGUACCUCCAGAGUCUGAAGCUCCCGGUGAGCUCUGGAGCAUCAGCGAGGUCUCUGCAGAGCGGUGCCAUGAGGCCUCCCCACCACGGGCUGCUGAGAGCUCUCAGGGACCUCAGGGUCUCCAGCCCACGCUCCGACAAACGCCAGCAGCGCUCUCAGAGGGACAUACAGCCACCAGCUCUGCCUUGGGAAAAAACCAUCUGGAAGAAGAAGAGAUAAGAGACAGGUGCACACCAAGCUCACCAGAAGAAUUUGGAGUCCUGUGGGUGCCACCAGCUCUGCUGUCAGUUGUUAGAGCUGAAGGGAAGGCCAUGAGUGGAAGGGAAGGAGGUGGAAAUCUCCGUGUUCCUGCUGCAUGAACCAGCGCUCAAGGGACUGCUGCAAAGGGAAAAACUGUCUGUCCAUCCAGUCAGAGAAGUGUCCUGGAGCUGAAUUGUGCCUUUUUGGAUCAGGCAAGGGUUGUGCUGGAGCAGCACUGGCUGGACUGUGCCCUGGAGCCCUGGGCAGGGCUCAGCCAGGGGCUCUGGGCAGGGCUGGAGCAGGGACUGUGCCCUGGAGCCCUGGGCAGGGCUCAGCCAAGGGCUCUGGGCAGAGCUGGAGCAGGGACUGUGCCCUGGAGCCCUGGGCAGGGCUCAUCCAGGGGCUCUGGGCAGGGCUGGACCAAGCAGCACCGAGCCCAACACUGCCCUGGGCUGCUCUGCCUGGAGCUGUCCCAGCCUGGCCCAUCCAGAGGGGUUUGGCUGCUUGCUGCAGUCAGGGAUGAGCUGCCUCCAGCCCGAGCCCUCUUUGCACUAUUUUCUCCUGUCAGUCCAUGCCCAUGGACAAGGCUCCCAUGGUGGAACAGCUCCCAGUUUGUGUUACCGUUUAUUCCAUCAUCCCCUGGAGCCAGCUGAGCAGUCGGGGCACUCAGUGGCUGAGAAAUCUCUGGGGUGGGUUUCCACCAAGGCCCUGGCUGUGGCUGAGGGGCAGGAUCAGCUACCCCAGGGAUGGCACCAAGCCCAGGAGGGGCUGCUGGGGGGCUGGGCUUGUGCAGGAGCCCCAAGCCCCCACAGGCAGGGGAGGGUGAGCAGAGCCCUGGGGUGGGUCAGCGACCCCAUCUCAUCUCCCUGGACAUACCCUCAGUGAGCACCUGCAGCUCCUGAACCCCAACCUCCUCCCAGAGGGGAGGGCUGGGGCAGGGAGAGGGCACACAAAGCCUGGCUUGCUGCUUGGCUUAGGUCAGCUCUGAGCCAGGACCUGUAAAUGAGCAGUCAGGGCCAGCAGGUCGCCGUGGGGAGGGGAAUGCAGCACGGGAGGGCAGCCAGGUGGGAAUGACCAGGGAAGGACUGGUUGGAACAGGGGCAGGAACUGGGUGGUCUCUAAGGUCCCUUCCAACCCAAAGCCCUGUGAUUCUGUAAGGCAGCACAGCCCUGCCUCAGCUUAGGCUCGGGUUUAAAACCAGAUCUGCUGGCCCAGGGGAGGGAAGGAAACACUGGGGAAAAACACUGAGUGCAGAGCCUGGAAACCAAGCUGGCAGGCCAAGGCAGCCCCAGGAGCCGUGUCACAAAUGCACUUUUGUUUGCCUGGGCAGACUGAGCUCUGCAGGGAGCCAGGGCUGUCACCUGGGCAGGGCAGGUAGAGAGCUGCUCUCCAUUCUGGGUCCCUCUGCUGCCCACGCCAGGACUGCACAGGAGCUUUGGAAAGGCUGCUGGAAGUUGGUGGUGGACCAAAAUCUGUGGCUGUUGCAAGUGUAGUCCCAAUGGACAAGAAAAAGAAUUCCUUGAUUUUGCUUUAAGCCCCAGGGAGGGGAAAAAUGAGACCAAUUGAUUGUAUUGUGAAUGAAAGAGCAGAUGAAUCAUUUGGUCCCCAGAGCUGCAGAGAAUCUGUUUUUAUCUUUGACCUUCUGAAGGUUGGAGUCACUCUAAAAAACCAAAACGAGAAAAUCCUGAAAGGGUUUGUUCCAGAGGAAAUUUUGCACAUGGUUUAAUGUGAGUAAUUUAAAAUAAAGCUACUGCUGUAAAGUACCCUGUCAAUCUCCUCGUGUGUGCAAUGUGACUUACUGCACACCUGCCAUAUGUAGCGUCCUGAAAUCUGUAUAUUUAUUUAAAUCUAUUGAUUUUUUUAGGCAGUAAUGUUCAAUGUAUAAUUUGUAAUAAAUAAUGACAACAGUCAA